AUGGUCCGAAAUAUUAUCGUCAUCGGGGGUAACUCCCACCCUCAGUUGACUCAGACGAUCUGCAGUGUGCUGGGUAUCCCCCCCGCAGAGGUAUUACUUUCCAAGUUCGCUGUGGGUGAGACUCGUGUGGAAAUCAAAGAGUCUGUCCGUGAGAAGGAUGUCUAUAUCAUUCAGUCCGGUGGCUUAAAGGUGAACGAUUCCCUCAUGGAGCUGCUCAUUACCGUGUCUGCCUGCAAAACCGCCUCCGCCAAGAGAGUCACCGCUGUUCUUCCCCUCUUCCCCUACUCGCGCCAGAGUGAUAUCCCUUACAACAAAAUCGGUGCGCCCCUUGUCAAGUCGUCCGCCGAUGUGAAGCCAGGGUCUUCCAACGGCUACACUUUCGAAAGUACCCCGCCAACCCCGCAUCCCGGAAAGGUGGACAAUGGGAAUCUUCUCAACCACGUCGAGAGCCUGCAGAAGGGGCUGGCGAAGGCCCAGCUUGAUGACGUCUCCAAUGGUAGUCCGGUCAAGAAACGUGUGCCCAACGGGCUCCCGCGCCCUGACACGGCUGACUCAUUGAAAUCCGAGGCCAGCCGGUCGACCGUCACGAACGGGCAGACGAACGACGACAAUGCAAGCGUCGGCUCAGCUCCGUCCAAAAUCAGCAGCUUCCAGCCUCGCCCUGGUUACAAGCAAUGGGUAGCUCAGGCCGGUACCUUGGUGGCAGACCUUCUUACCUGCGCUGGUGCGGAUCAUAUUAUCACAAUGGAUCUGCACGACCCCCAAUACCAAGGAUUCUUCGAUAUUCCUGUUGACAACUUGUACGGAAGACCGCUCCUCAAGAGCUAUAUUCAGCAAAAUAUCCCCUACUACAGGCAGGCAGUUGUUGUCAGUCCCGAUGCUGGAGGUGCCAAGCGCGCAACGGCGAUUGCGGAUUCCAUGGGGAUGGAAUUUGCCCUGAUCCACAAGGAACGCCGCCCAACAAAGAUCACAGACCGACAAAAUGCUACCAUGAUGUUGGUUGGUGAUGUCAAGGAUCGAACGGCAAUCCUGAUCGACGAUCUUGCGGAUACAUCCAAUACUAUCACCAGAGCGGCCAAGCUGCUCAAGAAGGAGGGCGCGUCCAAGGUCUAUGCCCUGGUCACACACGGAAUCCUGAGCGGCGAUGCUAUCGAUCGCAUCAAUGCCAGUGCUCUCGACAAGGUGGUCGUCACCAACAGCGUCGAUCAGGCAGAUCACCUGCGCCGGUGUCCCAAGCUGGAAGUUUUGGAGGUUGGCCAUGUCUUUGCCGAGGCUAUUCGCCGUGUCCAUCACGGUGAGAGUAUCAGCGUCCUCUUCCAGUACGACUAG